AUGGACGUGAUUGGGAUAUUACAAAUUAUUCUAAUUGAUAAUACGCAAGUACUUCUUAGCAAAUUAAACAAAGACCAAGAAAAAUAUGCACGGCCUAGUAUAAGUGGGAAUGUAAUCGUUGUUCCUUUACUAAGACAACAAGUCCUUACCAUAGGAAGAUCUCCAAAAUGUAAAGUACAACUUAUCAAUCCAACUGUUUCAAUGGAGCAUUGUAUAAUCUGGGCAAUUCAGUUUGAUAGUGACUCAAACCUUAUUACUUAUAUAUUUGACAAGUCAAGAAAUGGCAUCAAACAUAACGAAGCAGACAUGCUGUUUGGACUCACUGGCAUUUUGGAAAAUAGAGAUACAAUUGAAAUGAAAACAGCUGCACAUAUAACAUAUAAAUGUUUGCAAACCGAAGUGAGCUCUCAAACAGAACUAGACCAACCAAUGGAAGAUUGGGAAAUCUCUAACAAAAUGAUUGGCUGUGGCUCCUUUGGUGCAGUAUAUGUCGCAAAAAAACCCAAUAACCCAAAACUAUUUGCAGUAAAAAUCACUCAGAAUAAUCAGUCGGGAUAUUUUUCAAAUAAUAGUAAACCCACACAAGAGUCUUAUUUGUUAAGCAAAAUUAACCAUCCUAAUAUUAUCCGAAUAUAUGAUACUAUUACAAGAAAUUCAAAGAUCUUUCUUUUCCAAGACUUGAUAUGUGGUGGUGAUUUAUUUUCCUAUCUAGUAAAAGAUGAUUAUUUGAAAGUGAUUCCUGAAAGGGAAGCCAUUUUUAUUGUUUUCCAAAUAAUGAAAGCACUACAUUUUCUACAUAAAAAACUAAAAAUUGUCCACCGGGAUCUUAAACUAGACAAUAUAUUGCUUGAGCUACCUAUUCCCGGAUCAAAAAUCUAUUUAUGUGAUUUUGGAAUUGCAAAACAUCUUGGGUACAACAACAGAACCAACACAUGUGUGGGAACUCUAGAGUACAGUGCACCUGAAGUAUUCAAGGCUGACAAAUCUGGAAAUAAAGCAGUGCAAUCAUACGACUUCAAAUGUGAUACGUGGUCAUUGGGUGUAAUUACACAUAUAUUGCUAUCCGGUGUUUCGCCUUUCUAUUCUGAGAGUAAAGAUAAAAUACUCAAGGCGUCACGUCUAGGCCAGCUAAAUUUUGCAAAACCACAAUUUAGUAAAAUUAGUCUAUCAAGUAAAUCGUAUAUCAAGAAAUUACUCCGCGUUGAAGUUACAUCUAGAAUGGAUAUCAACGAUUGCUUUGAUCAUAAUUGGAUCAAAUUGCAAAGAAAAAAAUUAGAGAAAAAGUAUUAUUCAGUUGUUGGAGACAGACAAUCAAGCCUCCCACCACCAUUGAAUUAA